GUGAUAACUGUGGCUGCUUCACGAUCGCGCCGCUCCCGUACUACGAUUUUAUUCUUUUUUCCAGAUUUUAUUGAUAGUUUUAAACGCCGCGCUGUUCGUGAUGUCUUUGUAUGACAUGUUCUUCGCGAGAAGGGAAGGAGGAGAUCCGACCACUGUCUCCGUUCCUGUGGUUGGAGCAACGUAUGGAAAUCCUGGAUACAGGGACCCCAGGACAAACGGUACCGGGGGAGUCUCAAUGACAGACGCCAGCGGCAAGCCGUACGCUUCAAACGGCAGCAUGGGAUCCAUGGCGACCAUAUCCACCACAGUGGGUUCCACCAAUGGUUCGUCGGCAUGGGGAAGCGCUGGAACCACGAGGUCGCCGUUGAGGUCCAGUUUGAAGAAACCCAGACCGAGAGACGCGGGAGGAACCAGUGCUGGUGGAGCUGCUGGCGGGUUGGGGAUACAAAACCCCGGGUUCUCCGGUACAUCGCCCACUAUGGGUAGGAACGGUAGCAUGAAGAAAGUGCGGAUACAGACGCAGAGCACCGAGGUUUAG